GCGAGACGAGGGAGCGAGCGAUGGAGAUGGGGAGAGGAGACGCUGCUAGUGGAAGCAAAGCAGAUGCGCCAUCUCAGUCGUGCAGGUGCUUCGUCUCUCUGCUAUCGUCAUCCAAACUUGAUAAGCGAUAGAACUGUGCGAUAAAAACGUUGGCUCCUGAGCUAAAAAAAUGAAGGAAGCUGAAACAGAAUGGAUACGAGAGCAUCUUCCCUUAUCGGAGGAGGAUAGAAAAACUGUCAUGGUAACAUUGGAAGCGUUGAAGGGCAAUGGAGGAGGUCUGUCAGGCUGCAUGAAGGUUGUAAAUGUAUGCUGGCCUAAUGACAAGGCCUUGACAUUCGUGAUAAAGAAUACUUCAGACAACGGAUUCGCACAGAGUAAAACCUUGGGCCUGUAUCGAGAGGCGCUGUUUUAUCAAAAAUUUGCAAAUGAAUUCCAAAAGGCGUCUAUUCCCCUGGUGAAAGUAUAUUAUGCUAAGGGCGAUGCAGAUACGGGAGAACGAACCCUGAUGAUGGAAGAUCUGAGAGAAAAGUCGGUGCUCAGCGGUUACUUCUUUGGGAGUGGUUCUCCUUUGAAUUGGGGAAGAGACUUGAGCGAACAUUUAAAACGACUUCCCUCCCCUCUCACCGCAUUUGAUGUAGCUAAGCGUACCUUCCAAGAGGCUGCCAAGAUGCAUCGUCGGUAUUGGUUGGAUCCGUCGCUGCUCCAGCAUGAUUGGUUGCGAGGACGAGACUGGAUUCAAGGACGAAACCAGGAGAGCUGGGAGAUGGCACAAAGGCAAGGGAAAGAAUCAUGGAUGCGAACUCAAAAACGAAUUGCAGAGAGUAACUGCCAAGUGGAAUGGGAUCAAAACCUCUUCGAUUGCAUGUCUGCUGCCAUGAACAGUGUGGACUGGAAAAAGUUUCAGAGCAUCUCGGGGAACCGACCAUGGACGCUUGUGCAUGGAGAUUUUCAUCCUGGGAACAUCAUGUGGGUAUUCGAACCUCAGGGAUAUCCGUUGAUGUUGGAUUGGGAGAUGGUAGGGUUGGGUAAUGGUGCGCAGGACCUGAGUCAGUAUUUGAUCUCUCAUGCGAAUCCAGACUUGCGAAGGGAGAUCGAAGAGGACUUGUUAAGAUUGUACUAUGACGUGUUGGUGGAUCAGACCCUCCCUGGGAAUCCAGAGCUGUCGCCGGGUACGUACUCAUAUGAUCAGUGCAAGCAUGACUACGUUGAAGGAGGAGCGAGACGGUGGAUUUGGUUGCUUGCAAUUCUGUGUGAAAUGUGCCCUGACUCAAUGAAUCAAUACUUUGCCGAUCAAACUGCAGCUUUCCUACGAGAUCAUGGGCUGCACAAAGGCAAUAUUGGAAUGCCACAAGUUUGAAUGAUUCUUGACUUUCUCCGAUUAUGAAUACAUUACUAAGUUACUACUAC